CCUUUUGUUUGGCUUUCUCUUCUUUCUUUUCAGUUUAUUCUCAAACUUCUGGAAACUAAACCUGAGCCAGCAGGUAGAAGUUGACAUGGCCUCCGAGAAGGAAAGCAAUGGACUCGACAACUAUGCCUUUGCGCUGGAAGGACGUUUCUGUGAUCUACAAGAAAAAGGAGAAGACCUGGACUCGUCUAUCGACGAAGACACAAACAAACUGGCUUACUGCGUGACAGAUGUCCCGCCCUGGUACCUCUCCAUCCUGUUAGGCGCUCAGCACUGUUUGACUGCCUUUGGCGGCAUCAUCGCCAUCCCCCUCAUCCUGUCGCAGGGUCUGUGUCUGCAGCAUGACGGCCUCACACAGAGCUGCCUCAUCAGCACCAUCUUCUUCGUGUCUGGAGUCUGCACCUUGCUGCAGGUCACCUUUGGCAUCAGGCUGCCCAUUCUUCAAGGCGGCACGUUCACGCUGCUGGCUCCCUCCAUGGCGAUGCUGUCCAUGCCAGAAUUUAGGUGUCCUGCCUGGACCCAAAACGCCAGCUCAGUCAACACUUCGUCCACAGAGUUCAUAGAAGUGUGGCAGAGUCGGAUGAGAGCUCUGCAGGGCUCCAUUAUUGUGGGCUCCAUCUUCCAGGUGUUUGUUGGAUUUUCUGGCCUCAUCGGUCUCUUCAUGCGCUUCAUUGGACCUCUCACCAUUGCUCCCACUAUCGCUCUUAUUGGUCUGUCGUUGUUUGAUUCAGCUGGGAGCAGCGCUGGAAACCACUGGGGCAUCUCUUCAAUGACCACAGCCCUGAUCAUCCUGUUUUCGCAGUACCUCCGUCACAUAGCCAUGCCCUUUCCUGCAUACAGCAAGGAUAAAAAGCUUCACACUUCUCCAGUUUAUAUCUUUCAAAUUCUCCCUGUCUUGUUGGGAAUCACAGUUUCUUGGCUUAUUUGUUACAUCUUGACGACCUAUAACGUCCUUCCUGCUGAACCAGGGCAGUACGGUUACCUCGCACGCACAGACCUAAAAGGAGAAGUAAUCAGCCAAGCUCCCUGGUUUACCUUCCCAUACCCAGGGCAGUGGGGGAAGCCCACAGUGAGCCUGGCCGGCGUGGUGGGGAUCCUGGCCGGCGUCAUCUCCUCCAUGAUCGAGUCUGUUGGGGAUUAUCACGCAUGCGCAAGACUAUCCGGAGCGCCGCCGCCACCGAGGCACGCCAUCAACCGCGGCAUAGGCAUCGAGGGAAUCGGCUGCCUGCUGGCUGGAGCGUGGGGAACCGGAAACGGAACCACUUCCUACAGCGAGAACGUCGGCGCGCUCGGUAUCACCAAGGUCGGGAGCCGCGUGGUCAUAGUGGCCAGCGGGGUGCUCAUGGUUGCCAUGGGGAUACUUGGUAAAAUGGGUGCUGUAUUUGCAACCAUCCCCUCUCCGGUGAUUGGAGGCAUGUUCAUGGUCAUGUUUGGUGUCAUCUGUGCAGCAGGAGUCUCUAAUUUACAGUAUGCAGACAUGAAUUCAUCCAGAAAUAUCUUCAUUUUUGGCUUCUCCAUGUUCUCUGGUUUGGUCAUUCCCAACUGGAUAUUAAAGAAUCCCAAAGCUAUUGCUACAGGUGUGGUAGAGUUCGACCAGAUGCUGCAGGUUCUUCUGACAACCAGCAUGUUUGUUGGCGGUUUCUUCGGCUUCGUGUUGGACAACACCGUCCCAGGAUCGAAGCAGGAGCGCGGCAUCCUGGCCUGGAACAAAGCUCAUGAAGACGAUUCCUGUGAAACUCUGGAGACCGGAGAGGUUUACAACCUCCCAUUUGGCCUGACCUCCUACCUGUCCUCGUUCUCCUGGCUGCGCUACGUCCCGUUCUGCCCGCCGGGCCUGUCCAGCUCCCUGGAUCCCAAGCAGCCGCUGGGAACUCCGGACCCGGGCCAGAUCAUGAUCGGAGUUGGGUUGUGAGCCACGGUUUCAUGUCACGGUGCCUUCAUUUUCCAAACACACCCCCACCAGAGGCAGCUCAGGUUCCGUAACAUCUCAGACACAGUGUACUGUAGCAAGUGUUUGGAUCUUAUUACAUAAUAAUUCAUCUUUCAUUUCACAGCAUGUUUGGACUGCUACAUUGAUUUUUAAAUGAGAUCAAGUGGGAAAUUCAGAGAAGGACAUGAAGAAGUAAAAAAAGUAAUUUCUGCCAUUUCUUAGAAAUAAAAAGGCGGCUGCAGCGCUAAGAUACUUUGACUGGACAAAGUUUAGAAACUUGCAACAGCAGGCGAAUGCGAAUCCAUAUCCGACUUUUUCACAUCAGGAUGUGGAGUCGGACCAGGAGUCAUUAUUAUCAUUUUCAGCCAUUAUUGACAUCCAGAUUUACUGUCUGGCUUCUUCUGCUGCUGCAUUAUGAGACACGUCUCACAUCAACGACGGAAAAGUUGGAUAAAAUGUGAGGUGAGUCUUCAGACAGCAGACUGAAAAUAUCUGAUACCAUUUAGUACCAAGAUUGGAAAUGGGAAGUUCAGACUAGAGUACAAAAAAUAAAAUAAAAUAAAAUAAAAUAAAAUAAAAUAAAAUAAAAUAAAAUAAAAUAAAAUAAAAUAAAAUAAAAUAAAAUAAAUAAAUCAAUCUGAUUUGGGUCGUGUUUGCCUGCUGUUUGUGAUGAACCUCCAGGAUUCAAAGUCCUGAUGUUUUGAAUCUGUUUAAUUUCAUGCAGGCUACAAAGCAAAAACUGAAUUUAAAUAAUUUUUUGGCAGGUUUUGUAAAACUGUAAAUGUAACUUUCUGCUCUUCACCGUUUCCCAGUGAACAGUAACUUAAAUUGGUGAAAGAGGAGUGAAACAUGUCUGCUGCUGCUGGAUACAUUUUUUAUAAAGAUAUUUAAUGCAGUGGUGCUUUGCUUUGAAAUCCAAGAUGAUUUCUUAUUUACAGUGGAUCCUUAAUGACAAGAGAUUAAAAUUAAUCCAACAUAGACACUAAUAUUAAAGUAUCCAGAUAUUUUUCACUCAUAUUUGUAUUUCAUUUUCACUGUGUUUUGUUGUGACUCAUUUAAAGUUGUUCUGUUUUCCAUCUCAGAUAUCAGUUACAUGCAGGUGCUAGUAAAUCAAAUAUCUGAUGUAAAUAUGAUGUAAAUAUGGGAUUUCACAGUUCGAUCGUCUUUUGCUGAGAAUAUUUCAGUGAUUUCUUCAUUUUGAUUUCCGUUCAGUUCAUUUCUGAUUCUCAUUUCUUUCAGUUGCAACAUCUAAUAUUGAAUUUUUAAAGUGAUGGACAUUAAACUUAAAUAUUGAACCCAAAA